GUGCUGGGGGUGGCAGGUGUUGACGCGGGGUUCGCAUCCACCUCAAGUCUGGGAAGUCCGGCAAGUCGCUGAGCCACUUGUGUUCAGGGCACCUACUCAGCACCAACUAUUUGCAAGCCCUGUAGACCCUGAGGCCGGGCUUUGCGGAGAGCCUGUGCGCCCCUGGAGUUUGUAAAUGAGUGGUCUGUACCAGGGGGCCCGUUGGCUCUCCAGCUGGAAUUGCUGCUCCAGCCUACAUGGAGGAGGCAGUGUCCCUUACAGGCACGAUGGCCGAGUGGAAGCUGGUGAUAGAAGAGAGCCAGGCAUGGACCAUGCGAAGAGGGGCUCUCAAGCAGGUACAGACAGCACCAGGCAGCCCAAGACCUCUCCACCCAGUGGGGACCCCUCAGAAUCCUUUUACCCUCUGCCACCUGAGCUCCAACCCCCCACAAAUUGCUGCAUGAGUGGCUGCCCCAACUGUGUGUGGGUGGAGUAUGCAGAGGCACUACUGCAGCACUACCAGGAUGGUGGGGAGCGCGCCCUGGCCGCGCUGGAGGAGCACGUGGCUGAUGAGAACCUCAAGGCCUUCCUCAGGAUGGAGAUCCAGCUCCGAACACAUGGCAGUGGCUGAAGCAGCCUGGCUGAGACACCUUCACUCUGGACAGAGACACCAACCUGUCAGCUCCCACUCAGGAAGCAGCAGGAGCCACCUUUUUUCCCAACCAGUGGGUGCAAUUGUUUAUUGACUUUUUCUGAAAAUAAGUACAUUCUCCAUGGUGGUCGAACAGAAGGUGUUUGUAUUGUCCAUAAGACCUGUAUGUCUUAUCAAAGAAAAUGGGUGCCAGUUGGCACUGUACAUCUGCUGAGCAGCUGCAGCCUUCACCAGCCUGUGAGGGUGAAAUAAAACUCCCAUCUGCCUGACUGUCUAA